ACUUGGUGCCUGCUGUCGUGCCAGAUGACUUGGUGCCCGCUGUCGUGCCAGAUGACUUGGUGCCCACUGUUGUGCCAGAUGACUCGGUGCCCGCUGUCGAGCUUGAUGACUCGGUGCCCGCUAUCCUGCCAGAUGACUCGGUGUCCACUGUCGUGCCAGAUGACCCGGUGUCCUGCUGUAGUGCCAGAUGACCCGGUGCCCGCUGUCGUGCCAGAUGCCCGGUGCCGGCUGCUCCGCCUGAUGCCCGGUGCCCGCUGCCUCGCCUGAUGGCCCGGUGCCCGCUGCCUCGCCUGAUGGCCCGGUGCCCGCUGCUUCCGCCCGAUGUGCCUCUGUCCGCUGCCCAGCCCGAUGUGCCUCAGUCUGCUGCCCAGCCCGAUGUGCCUCUGUCUGCUGCCCAGCCCGAUGUGCCUCUGUCUGCUGCCCAGCCCGAUGUGCCUCUGUCUGCUGCCCAGCC